AUGCUACCGUACAACCUGAAAGCACUGUUAUCUCAAAAGGAGACUAAAUUCAUUGCUGUAUUGUCCGGUCGCUUAAAAAACACACUAGGGUUGUCAAACAUUGAAAUCACUGAAUUAAGUGACUACUUCCAAACGUCCAAUGGCAGAAUUUAUUACUCCCAAUUCUGCGAAGUUAUCCACGACAAAGCGCCAGAAUUUAGUCAGAAACCAUUGGUUACUGGAUUGGAGUGGGAGGACCCUUUGCACUGCAAUCGAUUGAGCGAAAAUGAGUCGCGGAGAUUGAAUCUGAUAAUCACACAAAUUGCAGUUAAUGUUAACAAAAGAAAUUUGGUAUUGCGGCCGUAUUUUCAAGAUUAUGAGCUGAUUGCCAAAAAUGAAGGAACAGUUACUGUAGCGCAUUUUGGAAGAAUAUUGAACCAUCUAGGAAUAGUAUUAGCAGGAGAAGAGUUCAAAUUAGUGGUUAAAAAGUUCGCCAAGGAUGGUUACACUAUCAAUUAUGUAGGGUUUGUUCAGGCCGUAGAUGAAGCGACAGCCUGGUUGGAAGGCAAUGGAAUGCUCAAUGUUUCUGGGGAACUAAUGGACCAAUUUCCCGGAAGAAUAAUCACAGCAGAGCUGCCAAAAUUACCCCGUCCAGAAAUCGGUGUUAAAAACCCACAUGAAAUAUUUGGCAGGCAAUCAAUUUUCCACCCGGUGUUUGAAAAACAAAAACAGAGUAUGUCCGUACAGGAAACUAUGAUGAGAAUUCAAAAAAAGCACUUCGAUGUUUUCAAUUCCGGUAGAUUAACUAAUUCGCAAUUUCAUCGUGGGCUGGACUCACUCCUGAAAUCUUCUGGUGGCUUUUACUUGUCCGAAAACGAGAUUAAAAAUUUGAUCAUCCAGUACUCGGAUCCAAACGAUCCCAGUCGUGUUCUUUGGCGCGUGUUCGAAGACGAUGUCAAUCACGUGUUUACAAUUAAUGAGCUGGAGAAAUUACCGUUGCUACAAGUUAAUUUUCCGCCACUGGAGAUUGAAGAGUUGCCAGAGCGUGGGGCAAAAAAUUGGCAGGUUGUUAGUUCUGAAGCAAGGGAUUUGUGUGAAGAAACUUUGAUGAAAAUACGGAGAAAAAUUCAACAUAGGCAGAUCUAUUUAAAACAGUUUUUUAAUGAUUAUGAUAAGCUAAAUCAUGGGUACGUUUCAAGAAAUCAGUUGAGGCAAGUUUUAACUGUAGCAACGAUCCUUGUGUCGCCUGAAGAAAUUUUUGCACUUGAACAAAGAUACAACGACGAACUGGGAUUUAACUACGCAUACUUUUUAAAAGACUUGGAUUCAAAAAUCGUAGAAGCCCCAUUGUAUGGAAAAAUGCUUGAAGAAAUGAAGCAUCUUAAUUUAGAAUCACCAAAAACAGACCCGUCGGUUGAUGAUAAAGAUAUCGUCCAAAUUAUCGCUAAAAUAAAAGCAAAAGUAGUUAGAGAACGGAUUAUGGUUUUAGAGUUUUUCCGACAACACGAUCCUCGAAAUGAGCAGGUGAUAACACAAAAAUCUCCAUUGCUCUUUCCUUUGCAACACAUACCCUCAGAAUCUUGUCCAAAGUCAUUUCUCAAUUACGAAGAACGUCUUGUAAUUGCAAGGGUCUUAGAUCGGCUAAUCACAGAGUACAAUCCGAAUUUGGAAGAUCUUUUCAAGGAUUUCGAUAAAUGCAACAGUGGAACUGUCGAUAAAGAACAAUUGAUAAAAGUAUUAUCAGUCCGUAAUUUAUUGCACUUACUAAAUCCCAGGGAAUUAAAUACUUUAUACAAGUGCUUCAUCGUUCAACGCAAUAACAAUUAUCUAAUGGACUACAGGAAAUUUUUACGGACUUUAGAUACUUUAAAGUUUCCAAACUUAGCAAAUCGUGACGUAAACCUCUCGGACCUAAGAUACCGCGAUUUCGAAUUAACGCCCAUUGAUUUAACACAACCCAAGAUGAUUAACAUAGCCGGUGUGGUGUCGAUUGGUCUGUUCUACGUCCUGAUUCUGGGCGUCGGAAUCUGGGCAGCAAGGAAAAAAGAGGCUGGAAAUGAUUCCGAGGAAGAGGUGAUGCUGGCUGGCCGAUCAAUCGGCCUGUUUGUCGGUAUCUUCACUAUGACUGCAACAUGGGUCGGAGGAGGGUACAUCAAUGGAACUGCAGAAAUGGUCUACACCCGGGGCCUGGUUUGGUGCCAAGCUCCCUUCGGCUACGCUCUUAGUCUUGUUUUCGGUGGAAUUUUCUUUGCUAACAAAAUGCGACAGCAGGGGUACAUCACGAUGUUGGAUCCACUUCAAGACGCCUUUGGCGAACGAAUGGGUGGACUGCUAUUCUUACCAGCUUUGUGUGGCGAAGUCUUCUGGGCAGCUGGAAUCCUCGCUGCGCUAGGCGCCACCAUUGCUGUGAUAAUCGACAUGAAACACAGCCACUCGAUCAUAUUCAGCGCUUGCAUCGCAGUCUUCUACACCCUGUUCGGCGGACUCUACGCAGUAGCAUACACAGACGUCAUCCAGCUGUUCUGUAUAUUCAUCGGACUGUGGAUGUGUAUCCCCUUUGCCUGGAUGAAUCCUCUGGUUCAGCCCUUGGAUUCUUUGGACGUAGAUUGGAUUGGCAAUGUCCCUUCUGAGGAAUACUGGUCCUACCUCGACUACGGACUGCUUCUCAUAUUCGGAGGUAUUCCCUGGCAAGUUUACUUCCAAAGGGUGCUGUCCUCCAAAACAGCAGGACGUGCCCAAUUGCUCAGCUACGUAGCAGCCGCUGGGUGUAUCCUGAUGGCCAUUCCACCAGUGAUGAUCGGUGCCAUUGCCAAAGGAACACCUUGGAACGAAACUGGGUAUCGAGGACCGUAUCCACUGGGCCCAGGAGAAACCAGCAUGAUCCUGCCGAUGGUGCUUCAAUAUCUCACACCGGACUUUGUGUCCUUCUUCGGGCUUGGAGCCGUCUCAGCUGCAGUGAUGUCAUCAGCUGACAGCAGUAUCUUGUCAGCCAGCUCGAUGUUUGCCAGGAACGUCUAUAAGCUGAUAUUCCGUCAACGGGCGUCGGAGAUGGAAAUAAUCUGGGUGAUGCGGGUCGGGAUAGCAAUUGUCGGGGUGCUCAGCACCAUAAUGGCAUUAACAAUACCAUCUAUCUACGGUCUGUGGUCAAUGUGCUCUGACCUGGUCUACGUGAUACUCUUCCCCCAAUUACUGAUGGUGGUCCACUUCAAGGACUACUGCAACACCUACGGCAGUUUAGCAGCUUACAUUAUCGCAUUUGUGGUAAGACUGAGCGGGGGUGAAGCUAUGUUAGGUUUACCCGCGUUGAUCCAUUUUCCGGGGUACGAUGAGGUCAACCAGGUCCAGAUGUUUCCCUUUCGCACAAUGGCGAUGCUGAUAUCCCUGAUCACUCUCAUUGGUGUCUCUUGGGGGACCCAGUACGUAUUCCUAACUGGGAAACUGGCACCCGGGUACGAUGUGUUCCGUUGCGUGGUUAACAUUCCCGAGGACGUCGAACGCGUUGGCCCAGAUCCUGCCGAAGGUGAACAGAUGGCAGUUUUAGCAGCCGGAAUGGGAAAACUAUACGGCAGCAAAGAUGAAUCUAACGGCCGAGUUAAUCCAGCACUCGAGCCGGACUAUGACAUGGAACUAGAACCAAAUAGCCAGUUGAUAGCUGCUAAUGGCGGUGGGACCAGCGGAGGUGGAGGUGGUGCCUCUGGUGGUCACACUGUUCCUCACCAUACUAACAUACGUCAGCUGCAGUCUAAUACUGCCUUAUAG